AUGUACAAGGCGUACAAGGUACGAGCUGAAGCAUGGCGAAAGCCGGACGAGCGAUCUAUCAAUCCUGAUGACAGUGAGAAAGACCUUUUGCCCUUAAAAGUGUGGGAUGAAAAAGCGGCAGAGUCUCUGUGUUCACCUCAAGAUCCUCCAAACCGCUUGAUCUUCCGGCAUGGGGACCGCACGCCCAGCGACAUCUACCCUACGGACCCGCACCAGGAGGACGCGUGGCCCGAAGGCCUCGGAGCCCUCACCAAUGAGGGGAAGGCGCAGAUGUUCGCGCUGGGCGAGCGCCUGCGCCGGCGCUACGGCCGCUUCGUGGGCGCGCAGUACAAGCCGCAGGCGCUGCGCGUGGACAGCAGCGCGGCCGACCGCUGCCUGAUGAGCGCCGGCGCGCUGCUGGCGGGCCUCAUGCCCCCCGAGGGCGAGCAGCGCUGGCACCCGGACCUCGCCUGGCAGCCCAUCCCCGUGCACUACGUGGCGCGCGAAAGGGACACGAAACUAGCAGCUAAGAAGCCAUGUCCCCGUUACGAUGAAGAAUUACAGAAAGCAUAUGCUUCUCCAGAAAUUCAAGCAUUGAAUGAAGAAAACAAAGAUCUGUAUCAGUACUUGACAACUCAUGCUGGGAAACCAAUUUCUGAUAUUACUGCUGUUGAGUUCUUAUACAACACCCUUUUGAUAGAGAAAAUACAUAAGUUGGACCUUCCAGAGUGGACGAAUUCGGUAUUUCCUGAUAAAAUGAAACAAUUAGCUGCAAAGAGUUUGGCAAUAUUUACUCACAAUGAUUUCAUGAAACGAAUUAGAGGAGGUCCUUUACUGAAAGAGGUUGUUGAUCUUAUGUCAAAAAAAGCUGAGGACACAGUAAAAAAUGAAGGAAGAAUGCACCUCUUUUCUGCUCAUGAUUUGACCAUUGUAAAUGUUUGGAGAACUUUAGGUUUCACAGAACUGUUACAUGUAGGCUAUGGAGCAUCUCUAAUUUUUGAACUUCGUUGGAUUGAACAAGGUGUCAAUGCAGAAGUUAAGGUCCUGUAUUUGAAUAGUUCGUCUGCUGAGCCUAUAAAUCUUAAGAUUCCUGGUUGUAGUCAACCAUGUGUCAUUGGCGCAUUUGUUAAUCUGAUUCAGCAUAACCUUCCUACAGACACAGACUGGAAUAAAGAAUGUGGAUUACAAAGUUAGCACAAUUAGAAGAAAUUAUCAUGCUGUUAGAUAAGUGAAUAAUGUUGAGAUCGUACUUUCAUUUGUGCGUAACAGAUGUUCAGCUCAGGGUAGAAUAUCAAGACUGGCAAGAGAUGAAUUUAUUAGAAUGCGUCAUCUUUUUUAUUCAGUAUAAUUAGGUAGUGUAAAUAAAUUGCCCUUUGAAUGUUAAGUUUUGUUAAUAAACCCAGUAUGAUAUUAUAUUUACAUUGCUCUUGAUGGACAGUAUUUGUAUACCCAUCUAGAAUCUCCCCGACAUUAAAGUACCUACUCAUUAAUUUUAAUACUUCUGUAUUUUUAUUAAUGUAUUGAAGAAAGUUAUUACAGCAUCUUUCAUAUGAAGUAGUUUUAGGUAGUAGUUAUUAAAUUAAGUAAUAUGGUAUUAAUUCUCAACAAAACUGAAA